AUGAAGCCCGGAUUCAACAGUUCAAAGAGAGCAUCUCACCUAAUGUUAUAAUUAGCGAGACAGUAGAGUUAGAUUGAUUGUUUAUAUAUGUACAAUUUUUGAAAGUUGUAAACAGAUGUAAACAUAUGAAGACUGUUGUUUCCGUUGAGAUUUCAGAUGUAAACAGAAACAUACUUAAGAGCUGGUGGGAGCAAACAAAUCAAACAGGGGAACUAAUAGACCUUUCUGAUGUGCAAGAACUUAACGGUGACAAGCUUGAGCAGAUGAUUAACACAUUUGGUGGGUUUGAUCUGGUUAUUGGUGGAAGUCCAUGUAAUAAUCUUUCAGGUAGCAACCGCUAUAGUCGUGAUGGGCUGGAGGGCAUUAUCAUUUCUUUUGUUGGAAAAGAGGGCUCUGUGAUGUUCUUGGUCAGGUUCUAAAAUGGCUGUCAGAGUUUUCAGAAAAGCUGCAAAAGAGAGCAGAUAAUGCUACGAUGGAAAUAAAUGGACUGUUGGACGAGGCUGGAGUUGUAGAACUAGAUCUGAAGAACACUUAUAAUUCCUUCCGCACCCUCUCAUAUCAUCAAUUUGUUGAUCAUAAGAUAUCUGAUGAAGAUGAUGUGGAUUCCUAUAUGAAGGAUAGUGCUAAAAGUUCAGUUCAAGCAGACAUACCUGCCCAGGAUUAUGAAACAGAUAUAUUGCCCAGAUAUAAGGAAGCUUUAUCAUUGGGUCUGACUUCUUGUAGAAGUCACUUACAGAGUACAAAGAAAAGCCAUUUGACCACUUCUGUUUUCAGAACUGGGUUAGCAAAUGGUCCACUACCACAUAUUAUUGGAUCUGAAGAAUAUAUGCAUGAUAAUAGCUGUGGGUUGACAGAGGACUUUGCAUUGGGGACUUUGCCACUUGAUUUCAGCUGGAUAGUGGACUCAAAAGGAACAUCUUCAGAAGCAGAAGGGCAUGGUCCAUCUGAUUUGUUUAGUUCCCCCAUGUCUGGAAUGCAACAAGGUUUGUCUGAGAAGGAUGGGACUGAGCCUUUAGUGUCUGCCGCAUUGGAUUUUAAAGCCAUGCUUGAAGCAGCACUUCUAAAUCCUUACAAAUUUUAUGAUGAGGAAAAUUUGUCAGCAAACAAUGCUGUAAGUGAUGAUAGGGGCACUGGACAAACACAUAUGGAUGCGGUGAUAAUAUCAGGAGCACCAGAAGCCGUUUCACGUGGUAGUCCUCGAAACCGUGGUGUUAUUGAGGAGAAAGCUGUUCCUGCCACUGAAGGAAAUCUGACUUCCCUUCAAGACCCAGAUAUUCAUGCCAAUGAACUUUAUUCUGCACUAGUCUCUGGGAGUCUAUUUGAUGCUGAAGGUGAAGAGGAUUCCCUCUCUUUUUGUCAAAAUGAGCCUGAUGACAUUUCUGCCUCAGUUGCAGAUUCCAUUUCUGCACAUGCAAGCAUGAUGGGUGCGAAUGAGAUUGUAGAUGGCACCCAAUCCUUAAAUAUUCAUGAGAAUCUGGGUUCUUCUGAUCAGAGUACGACGGUGCAUGUUAGUGCUGACACUUCCGUCGGCAUCAAUGAGGAAGGUGGACAGAAAGCUCCUCUGGGAGAUGUCAAUGCCUUGGAGAAGGAUGGAUCUUUAAUGAGCCAGACCUUAUCUUCACACAAACUAAAAGAUGCUUCGUCGUCAUUUGUUACUAGCAGUGAUGACAUUCGGUCUCAUAACUAGGCAUCGGAAAGUUCAGAACGUAAACCACCUGCUCAUGAUCCAUGGAUAUUUCGAGAUAUCAAGGAGCUAACGUUUCAAUCUUCUGCUGAUGCCCACAUAUGUGAUAACAAUUCAUCUCAGUUUUGAAGGAUCUUUGCCUGAUCACUCUGAGGAGCAAUCUGGUUUAUCUCAUUGUGAUGAUGAGGGCAAAUAAGAACAAUUUGUCAUGUUUUGGUAUCUAGUUACCCAGGUUCAUUGGUUAUUGUUUUGACAGGAGGUGGUAAUGGUUGUUGGCGUUCGGUUUAAACACGAUCGCAUUGCUAACUGCUUGGUCAAAAUGCUUCUGGAAUCAAAAUUCAAGAUAGAUGGUGGGUUUAUAUAUUGUCUGAUUGUCACAUCAUCUCUACUCUGACAGAAUUUCAAUUUUUUUGGAAGAUGCAAGGAGGUGAGCCUCCCUGUUUUUACAGUGAAGGAACGAUUUAAGUCGAAUGGAGAACUUGUUGAAGUAAUGAUAAUUUAUCUUCAAUUUGUCACUGUAAACUAUCUCCAUAGUCUUUGCAUAUAAAUUUUAUUUAUCAA